CGACGGCGGCGGCGGCGUCGGCGGCAACAGCAGUCGGCCGCGGGAGCCCGACGCGAGCGGACGCGCACCAGCAUGGCGGCGCGCCGCCGGAGCGCUACACCAGCCUCGUCAUGAUAACGCAGGACGCGCCGCAGCAGUCGGUCAGUGUGGUCACGAGCGAGACGACGACGCUGGUCCCGGCGGGCGCCGCCCCCGCCCCCGGGGGCGGGGGCGACGUGGUGGUGAGGCACACGAACUGGGAGGAGCAGGCCGCCGCGGCCGCCGCCGCCUCCGGGCUCGCCGGCUACUUCACCCUCACGCUGGAGGCGGGCCCGCGCUCGGCGUCGCCGUCGGCGAGGCGGCCGCUCGUCACCAAGACGCUGGCGGAGCCCGCCCCCGCGCCGGAGGACACCAUCCCGGCGCGCCAGCAAGAGGACGUGCACGUGGUGACCGGCGGCGACACCCUCUCGGCCGUCGUCUGCCUAGAGGAGGGCCUCGCCGACGACGACUCGUGGGUGGAGGAGGUGGGCGACCGCGACGAGGACGAGUUCGCGACGUCGACGGCCUCGGAGGGGGACGACGCGGACGACUCUUCGUGCGACGAGUCCGGCGCGGCGGUCAGGUCGGCGACGUCGUACUCGGACCGCGAGGAAGAGCUGCGCGGCUACCACCGCUCCGCCAUCGACUUCACCCUGCACACCAUCGUCGAGGAGAGCUGCGAGGAGAGCGAAGUGGAGCACGCGUCGCGCAACGGGGCCGGCUCGGGGCGCAAGUCGCGCCCCACUUCCGCCUCGGAACUGGAGAAGUACUUCUUCUUUCGGCUGGGCAACGGCGCGCCGGUCAACCCCGGCGGGGGCGGCGGUGGGGGCGGUCGGGAGCUGGACUCCAUGUCGGACACCUGCAGCUCCAUCUACAGCGAAGGGUUGGAGUCUCUGGGAGGCGGCGAAGACGGCGGCGGGGGGCCCGGAAGUCCGAGGGACGACGCCGACGCGGACGAGCUGGCGGCGCUGGCGUCCUCGCGGCUGGAGAAGUACUUCCUGACCGGCUUCAUGGGGUUCAUGGGGCCGUCCGGAGAGGGCGCCGGCGACUCGGACGGCAGCGGCAGCGUCGGCAGCGAUAGCGAGGGUCGCCCGUCCCCCGAGCAGCGCCGCAAGAGGCUGGUGACGCGUGCUAGGAGGGGCCACCAGCUGUCUGUCCAGCAGAUGUCCAGCCCCUCGCAGCAGCAGCAACAGCAGCAGCAGCACGACGUGACGCCGGAGCUGUCGUGCGGGGAAGCGCCGCCCUUCUCCGCCACCGAAGACUCGUCCAGCACGGAGACCGAAGGCUUGAGCGGCAGCCUGGGCGCGCACGAUGACACCGUCACCACCUUCGACCGGCCCGACGGCCAGUUCGACACCGUCAAACGCAAGAAGAAGCGCCGCAGCAGCGGCUGCCCGUCCCCGGCCGUGGAGGAACCGCCGCAGACGUCCGUCUCUACUCCGCCCUCCGCGUCGCUGGACGCCACUGCCGCGACCACCACCACCGCCGGCGGCAAUAACAGGGAAUCCUCGGAAGACGAGGACGGCGCCAAGACGCCUCAGCCCGAAUUCCUCCUGCUGCCCUCCGACCUGUCGGCGUCGCGCAACAAGCAGCACAGCCGGGACAGCGGCUUCAUCGGCAGCUGCGACGACCUGCUGAAGGAACAGCGCACCAGCAGCGACUCCAGCAGCGCCGGCGGCAGCGAUGCGCCGGCUCAGACCGCCACGGAGACGGCCGCCACCUGCGAGACCGCCACGGCCAACAAGGAAGAACCGUCCCCGAUCCAGACGCCGUCCGCAGACAGUGACUCCGCCCGCAAAGUCCUCGCCGACUCGGCCGCGCCGGCGUCGGACGAGAAGGCGUCCCAGCCGGCACCGCCACCGCCGGCUACAUCGCUCACCCGCAAGGACAGCUUCAACAACUGGAGCUCCGACGAGGAGACCAACCUGAUGAUGUCCAAGAUGCGCGCCUUCUUCAAGACGAUGGUGGCGGCGGCGGGCGCCAACAGCUCGGGGAGGGUGACGGGCGCGACGUCGACGUCGACGCCGCAGGCCAGCCCCGGAGUGCGACCGCGCUCAAAGCCGCCGCAGCUGGUCUACUUCGAGAACGAGCUGACGCGCCUCAUGAAAACCGUGCCCGGCAUCCGCGACGACCAGGUGCGCGAGAUUGUCGAGUACCUCAGCAGCGAGGACACCUGGAGUGACUCGUACGACUCGAGCGACUACACCAGCUCGGACCUGGAGGCGCAGCACGAACACCACCUGCACCACCGCCACCAGUACCAUCCCUACGCUUACCAACCUGCGGCGCCUCCCGGCUCGCCGGCGGCCAGGAGCGACCUGCAGGAGCAGAUCUCGGCCAGCUGCCGACAGAUCAUCAACAAGUUCGACACGGCCGGCCCCGGAGAUGACGGCCUGUCCGCCGCCUCCGACAGGGACCGCACCCUCGGAGGCGCCGCGGGCGUCGACGACGGCGGCGGCAUCGCCAAAGACAACGCGCUCGUCUACCAGAAGCUGGUGGCGUCUUUCUCCAAGAUGGCCAGCAACGACGCCGGAUCGGCUGCCGCCCCCGGGGGCGGCUCUGUCGCUGCCGGAUUCGGCGGUCCCGUCGGUGUGGCAGGGGGCGUGCCCGGCGUCGCUGGAGGCGGCGUCGGAUCUGCCAGCAGCACUCCGCACAGCUCGCCCCCGCUCUUCGCCAAGGUGAUGCAGCACAUCGGCACUAGGUUGGUGGCGCUGAUGCACGAGGUGUCCGGCGGCGAGGGCGUGGCUACGUCGAGCCCGAAGCCGCGGCUGCACCACCACGGGCACCACCACGGCCACCACCACCACCAUCACCACCACCACCAUCACCACCGGCGGCUGCAGCAGAAGCCGUCGAGCGCGUCGACGACGACGGAGGAAGAGGAGGAGGACAGCAGCCACACGGACACGGAGCAGGGCGUGUCCGCGCCUCUGCUGCAGCUGCCGCGCUCCAAGUCGCACGACCUGCUGCUCGAGCAGCAGCAGCACGAGGCGCGCCUGCGCUCCGCCAGCAGCGGCGGCCACGUCUCCGACGUCGAGCGCAGCGAGCACUCCGACUACGAGCGCUUCAGUUGGCGAGGCAGCUUCGAGUCUGCGCUGAUGGCAGCGGACUCCCGGACAAAGCUGUCGCUGCUGGCGGGGGCGGGCGGCGGCGGCGGCGUCGGCGGCUGCGGCGCGCUGCCGGAGUCGUGUAAGCGGCGCUCGGCGGGUGACCUGCUGCUCGCCAGCUCCAGGGACCAGCUGGCCGUCGACCGCGUGCGCUCCUGCGGCAGCAUCGGCGGCCUCGAGGAGGAGCAGGUGGGAUGGCGCCGCCGCAGCAGCGUUCCGGACGCGGGCCGCUCGGACAAUACGUCGGCCGACGACGAAGACGAUGACGACGACGACGACGUCGGCGCCGACGAGGGCGGCGAGGAGCGCGCGCGCUCGACGACGCUGCCCCGCAGCCUGGCGCCCCCGGGGGCGGGGCCGGCGCCGGCCACGUCCAACUCCCUGCCGCGGCUGCCGCCCUCGCUGGCCGGCAUGCACAAGGCGCACAGCGUGCACCACCUGCUGCAGGCGGCCGGCGGCGGGGGCGGAGGACACGUCAAGUCUGCGCGCUACCGCCCCCCGGGCUUCGUCAGCCGGCCCGCGUCCACCUCCGUGUCGGCGGGUCCGCCCCCCAAACGCGCCGUCUCCGCCCCCGGGCUGCACCAGCCGCAGCCCGCCCCCCGCGCCAACGCACCGGCCAGGCGCCGCCCCCAGCCGCCCACGUCGCUGCUGCCCUCCGGCGAGGACGUCGCGCAAGGGGAAGAGCCGGUGUCCACGUCGCUGCACCGGCCUAUCAGCAAGAGCGCCACGCCCUCGCCCGUCGUGGGCGGCGCCGCCUCGCGCAAGAACUCCACCAGCCUCAGCGUCGCCGGCGACUUCGCCGCCGCAGCCGCCGACGGCGACGACACCAAGCUGCGGCCGGGCCUCUCGCCUCUCGGGGCACGGAGCGAUUCGCUUGCAAGUGUGUAUUCUGGUGCUGGAGAGGGUCGAUACGGGACUGUGGCAGUGCGAGGUGAAGUGGAGUUUGGCCUGCAAUAUAAUUAUAAAGCUGGAGCACUUGAAAUACUUGUAAAGCAGUGCCGUGAUUUAGCACCUGUUGACACCAAAAGGAACCGUUCGGAUCCAUAUGUUAAAGUGUAUUUGCUGCCAGACAAAUCUAAGAGCGGAAAACGAAAGACGAAAGUAAAGAAACAUACUCUUAAUCCUGUAUUUGAUGAAACCUUAAAAUUCCACAUAACCUUGCAUGGUUUGGAAACAAGAACCCUGUGGCUCACCGUGUGGCAUUCAGACAUGUUCGGGAGAAAUGACUUCCUUGGAGAAGUUAUGAUGUCUUUGGAGAAUAAGGUCUUUGAUGAUCCUACUCCACAGUGGUAUCCUUUGCAAGAAAGGACAGAACCAUUUGAUGACCUGCUCAGCUACAAGGGUGACAUAAUAAUUGGUCUCAAGUUUGUCCCUCCCGAUGUUACUGUGCAAAAGAAAGGCAAGAGAUCACGAGGGUCUCUACAGGUGCUGGUAAAAGAAGCAAAGAAUCUUACUGCUGUCAAAGCUAAUGGAACAUCUGAUCCAUUCUGUAAAAGUUACUUGCUUCCGGACAAAGGACGCAGCUCUAAGCAGAAGACGCCUGUACUUCGUCGGACUUGUAAUCCUGUGUGGAACUACACAUUCACUUAUGAAGAUGUCAGCUUACAAGAACUCUCAGAAAGAAGUCUGGAGCUGACAGUGUGGGACCAUGAUAGACUAGCAAGUAAUGAAUUUCUUGGAGGUCUACGAUUUAAUCUUGGGACAGGCAAACACUAUGGGAAAUCUGUGGAUUGGAUGGAUGCAACUGGAAAAGAAAUGACCUUGUGGCAAAGUAUGCUGGAACGGCCUAACUUCUGGGUUGAAGGAUGUCUGACAUUACGUCCUUCACUUGAACAUCGCAGCACAAACUCAUAGUUUUAGUGGUUAAUGUAAAUGUUAGUGGUGCAUUUAUGCGGAAGUUUUAUACUGCUCUUUUAUUAUUCCUCAGUUGAUUUUGUGUAUUGAUAAGUUUUAUCCACAAGUAUGAUCAUUUGAAAAGAAUGGCCAUUGUGUCCCUUUUUCUUUAUUUUUUAAAAGUUAGAAAUGUAAAUGGCUGUACGAUGUCUGUUCCUUCUAAGUGUUUAUUAAAUUAUUUUUAUAUGGAAGAUAGGUGAGCCUCAUUUCAGAUGAACUAGAGUAGCAUAUAAUGUAUUUUUGUAAAUGUAUUACUGUAAUAGUCCAUUGAAAGAAGUCAUUUGUUAAACUGAAAGUGAUAAUUUCUAUCCUUCAGUUUGAAAUGAGACUCAUAAGUGAGUUAAAUCUUUUUAUAUGGGUGUUGAUUUUGCUACCAACAAGAUCAUGAGGUAUACCUGUUUUGAGGUAAAAUAUUAUCUGCUCCUAUUACAAUAUCUUUAACAUAGGGUGAUUUGGUAUGUAAGAAAUAAUAAAUUCAGACUUGUACUCUGUUAACAUAUAUUUAAUCAUUAUUUAAGAGAAAACAUUGUUUACAUUUAAAAUAAUAGCAGUGAAUGUCCAUAUUUUUAUACAGUAUCCAUACUACAGGAAAAUUAUUGUGUAUGAAAAAUGGGAAUUUUAAGAGAAGCCACUAGCUAAUUAGGUGAACGCAUUUGUGUUCAUAAUAGUUGGAGGUAUGCUGAAACAGUGCUUCCUUUCUUGUGCUAAAAGUAUAUAUUAAUUUGAUAAAAAUGAUAAAAUGUAAUAAUAAUUUGAUGUACAGGCUGAGAAAUCAUUCUCAAAGAAGUAUUACUCUUACAGUUAUUAUUAUACAUGUGUUGUCUGCAAAAAGUGAUUUAGAAAGAGAUUCUUAUUUUAGUAGUAGCUUCUGACUGUAUUGUUCCUAAGAAUUUGGGAUAAUUGUAUCAAUGUCUCUUUUGUAGCUGCAACAAAUUUUUCGGUGUUAUUGCUGUUUAAUGUGUGUGUUAAUUAUAACAGUAUGAACUAUGGCUCUUUAGAUGUACCUAAGUAAUAUAUAAAUGCAAAUACACUAAGCUUACCACAGUAUGGGAAGGAAGAAAAUAAUCAUGUUUUGAUGUGUACCUUCAUCUUCAAUAAAAGUGGCAAAAUGUUGCAUUAUUAGAAAAGUUUAAUAGUAACUGGAUUGUCUGUAUUUCAGCAUUAAGUUCAGUUUCUUUUCUCUCUAAACAUACCAACUGUUUGGUUGAUUUUGAUAUUUUUAAAAUUAGUGUAAUAGCUUUUUGUAAAUCACUAAAUUGCUUCUUAAAAGAUACAUAAAGUAGAAUAUGUGUCUACUUUCAUUUCUACUAUUGAAAAAUUUCCUCCAGUUUGUUAGUUUUAGUGAACUUUUUACAAUUUUACGUUUACUUGCAUUCUCUACAUGUAACUCUAAAAAAGAAGCAUUCCACAAUCCCAGUUUCAGUUUUUGAUUAGGUAAUGGUGAAUUCAGUAAUUUACAUUACUAAGAUAACAGGGCACAAGACUAGUGUCUUCUUACCAUUAUAGUGGUAUGAAGUAUUGAUCUCUCAGACAUUGUCAUUGUAUAUAGUUAUAUCAUGAGUCAUGUUAUUUUCUAAUUGUCAAUAAAACACCAUAUAUAUUCUGUUUUAAAAGAA